UCCCUUUUCCUAUGGUUAGUUGGCUUAUCCUCAGAGAAAGUCCAUUUCUUUUAAUGUUACUCUAAACCAAACACUCCUCGGAAGUUAAAUCUGCAAAAUAACAACAUAUACUCUACAGCAAUGAAGAAAUUAGCUUUUUGAUUAUCUACUCUUCCAAAGGAUUUGUAGCAUGAAUUACUCUUUCCUCACCACCAGGUCACUGAGGACCAGCUUUAAAUAAUCCUCCUCUGUAGCAUCAUAAUUGAAUCCCAGCGCCAUGGAGUUUAUCUCCUUGACAGCCUGUGCCUUUGGGCUGGGGAGGGGGCAGGAAGGCCAGGUGGCUGCUCUGUCCCCUACAUGGGGCUGAUGAAGACACCCAGCACCCCUCAGGUCCUUCUCCAUCCCUAGGUUGAAAGAUCUGUUCUACCGCUCCAGCAACCUGCAGUACUUCAAGCGGCUCAUCCAGAUCCCCCAGCUGCCCGAGAACCCACCCAACUUCUUGCGAGCCUCAGCCCUGUCAGAACAUAUCAGCCUCGUGGUGGUGAUCCCUGCAGAGGCCUCAUCCCCCGACAGCGAGCCAGUCCUAGAGAAGGAUGACCUCAUGGACAUGGAUGCCUCUCAGCAGAAUUUAUUUGACAACAAGUUUGAUGACAUCUUUGGCAGCUCAUUCAGCAGUGAUCCCUUCAAUUUCAACAGUCAAAACGGCGUUAACAAGGAUGAGAAGGACCACUUAAUUGAGCGACUAUACAGAGAGAUCAGUGGACUGAAGGCACAGCUAGAAAACAUGAAGACUGAGAGCCAGCGGGUUGUGCUGCAGCUGAAGGGCCGCGUCAGCGAGCUGGAAGCAGAGCUGGCCGAGCAGCAGCAUCUGCGGCAGCAGGCGGCCGACAACUGUGAGUUCCUGCGGGCAGAACUGGACGAGCUCAGGAGGCAGCGGGAGGACACCGAGAAGGCUCAGCGGAGCCUGUCUGAGAUAGAAAGGAAAGCUCAAGCCAAUGAACAGCGAUAUAGCAAGCUAAAGGAGAAGUACAGCGAGCUGGUUCAGAACCACGCUGACCUGCUGCGGAAGAAUGCAGAGGUGACCAAACAGGUGUCCGUGGCCAGACAAGCCCAGGUAGAUUUGGAACGAGAGAAAAAAGAGCUGGAGGAUUCGUUGGAGCGCAUCAGUGACCAGGGCCAGCGGAAGACUCAAGAGCAGCUGGAAGUUCUAGAGAGCUUGAAGCAAGAACUCGCCACAAGCCAACGGGAGCUCCAGGUUCUCCAAGGCAGCCUGGAAACUUCUGCCCAAUCAGAAGCAAACUGGGCAGCCCAGUUCACUGAGCUAGAGAAGGAGCGGGACAGCCUGGUGAGUGGCGCAGCUCAUAGGGAGGAGGAAUUAUCUGCUCUUCGGAAAGAACUGCAGGACACUCAGCUCAAACUGGCCAGCACAGAGGAAUCUAUGUGCCAGCUUGCCAAAGACCAACGAAAAAUGCUUCUGGUGGGGUCCAGGAAGGCUGCGGAGCAGGUGAUACAAGACGCCCUGAACCAGCUUGAAGAACCUCCUCUCAUCAGCUGCGCUGGGUCUGCAGAUCACCUCCUCUCCACGGUCACAUCCAUUUCCAGCUGCAUCGAGCAACUGGAGAAAAGCUGGAGCCAGUAUCUGGCCUGCCCAGAAGACGUCAGUGGACUUCUCCAUUCCAUAACCCUGCUGGCCCACUUGACCAGCGAUGCCAUUGCUCAUGGUGCCACCACCUGCCUCAGAGCCCCACCGGAGCCUGCCGACUCACUGACCGAGGCCUGUAAGCAGUAUGGCAGGGAAACCCUCGCCUACCUGGCCUCCCUGGAGGAAGAGGGAAGCCUUGAGAAUGCCGACAGCACAGCCAUGAGGAACUGCCUGAGCAAGAUCAAGGCCAUCGGCGAGGAGCUCCUGCCCAGGGGCCUGGACAUCAAGCAGGAGGAGCUGGGGGACCUGGUGGACAAGGAGAUGGCAGCCACUUCAGCUGCUAUUGAAACUGCCACGGCCAGAAUAGAGGAGAUGCUCAGCAAAUCCCGAGCAGGAGACACAGGAGUCAAAUUGGAGGUGAAUGAAAGGAUCCUUGGUUACUGUACCAGCCUCAUGCAAGCUAUUCAGGUGCUCAUCGUGGCCUCUAAGGACCUCCAGAGAGAGAUUGUGGAGAGCGGCAGGGGUACAGCAUCCCCUAAUGAGUUUUAUGCCAAGAACUCUCGAUGGACAGAAGGACUCAUCUCAGCCUCCAAGGCUGUGGGCUGGGGAGCCACUGUCAUGGUGGAUGCAGCUGACCUGGUGGUACAAUGCAGAGAGAAGUUUGAGGAGCUAAUGGUGUGUUCUCAUGAAAUUGCUGCUAGCACAGCCCAGCUUGUGGCUGCCUCCAAGGUGAAAGCUGAUAAGGACAGCCCCAACCUAGCCCAGCUGCAGCAGGCCUCUCAAGGAGUGAACCAGGCCACUGCCGGCGUCAUGGCCUCAACCAUUUCUGGCAAAUCACAGAUCGAAGAGACAGACAACAUGGACUUCUCAAGCAUGACGCUGACACAGAUCAGAUGCCAAGAGAUGGAUUCCCAGGAGUUCUUACUUGCCUGAAGUUAACCUGGGAGCACCCUGGAGGCUCUAAGCUGAAGAUGCUGACUCCCCAAGGUACUCUGCAUCUGCUAUUUCUGGAAAUUGGAAUGGCUCUCAAACUAGGGAUGCUUUAAGUUAUUGGCUUUAUUUUCUCUGACUUUAUGGAUGGUACUAAAGUAACCCUAGAUCCAUAUGAGAAUAGUCCUGUACCAGAGCUAGCAAAUUCCAUUGGAGUCUAGUUAAUUGUCACUAAUUAAAUUCUAUCCAGAGUCACAGCAGUGACACACAUGCUUUUUUUGUUUCUUCAGUCUAGCUGUUCACUGAUUGUUUAGACCCCGUGAGAGUGAACCUUUAGGAGGGCAUCUCAAGCCCAGCAUCCUCCCCCUUGCAUGACCUCCAGAUCCAUUUUCUAAUACCUGGUGUGAUAAUAAUCCUCAACGUUUCAGGCACCUGGUUGCAUCAUUUUACCCAGGAUGACUCUUCCUUCACGAUCACUCACCUCUCCGGUGUCAGCUCAUGAUUUGUUUGUUUGAGUUGUGGUUUUUAGGACAUUCCUUAGUUUCUUGUGGGCUCAGCAAUGCACAGGCAAGUAUGGUUUCUUUGUGAUUUAUUCAGCAUGUAGAUAUUCCACAGUAUAAACGCUUUCCAGCUCAUCUUGUCCACCACAUGGCUGGAAGAGGAAAUUCAUACAGACCUCAGGGAUAACUCUAAUUAAUAAACGGCUGUUCUCUGGGCCCCACCAGCCAGGGAGAAAGGACCAGACACUUAACUUUCAUCCCUCUUGCUCCCAGCCUUUUCAAAUGCUCCCAGAAGAGUGCUGCUGGGCCCUAGGAGAAUGUCUUAUAGGUGCUGUGAAGUUUACAUUUCCACCUUUUCUCUUUUGCUCUCUAGAUUGCAGUGCUGCUAUUUCUGGUCACCAGAGACAUCAAAAUGUUCACUCUGUCUCCCUUGUCCACCAAAUCACCCUGUAUUUGCUCUUGCUGCUGCUGUUUCUGCCCCAGACCCAGGACACCAACUUUUGGAUGAAGAAUGCCAAUAUCAAGAGUCACAGCACCAUCCCAUUCACUCUAGGCUGGUUCACCCUUGUGAACAAGACCACCAUCCUAUGGCUAUUGGCAUCUUUGUUCUCCACUUCCACACCAGUCAUAGAACACCUUUUUAUUUUUUGUCAGGGAGGGAGGCUCAGGGUGAAAGACAUUCAUUAUCCCUAUAAGCAACACGCUCUGAGCAUAUAUACACACAUACACAUACAUACAUAUAUUUAUACAUACGCACACAUCUAUUUAUCUGCACUUUCAUCACCAAUCCCAUCUUUCUCUUGGAAUCAGGUCAUUUUCUGCAGACUUGGUAAGCACCAGGAGAUUCAGACAUCAUAACUCUCUCUCUCUCUCUCUCUCUCAUUCUCUCUCCCCUUCUCCCCCGCGGCCACCUCACUGCUUGGCUACUCUGUUUCCUGGGACAUGGAGUCCUCAUUUAUACUCAUUGAAAUGUGUUGAUGAGAAUUUUGCAGAAAAAAAAUAGGAAAGCAAGAAGAAGAAAGAGAAGAAAAAGAAUCACAUGAAUGAAAUUUGGGUUCUAGUUAAUAAGUAAUACAGAGCAAAGUCUAACAAAUCCAAAGUUGUAUUUUUUAUGCUAUGAGCAUAUUGUUUAUUUACUAAAGAUGCUCCUCACUCCUUCCUAAUUCCUGUGAGACCAUGGAACACCCUUUAGUGGCAUGAAUUGGUUUUCAUCUCAGUAAACCUGUUUUGAGCACCUGCUGGGCUGAAAGCACACAGCUGGAUGUGUUGGAAAAUACAAAGUUGAAAAUAUAUCUUUUCCCUUUCACCCAUGUCCAUGCAUAUCAACCACAAUCAUCCUCCAAGGCUCAUAUAUGCAGUUAUUUCUGAUACACAGUGCUUAGGACACAGUACAUACUCAAUAAAUAUUUGCUUAGGGAACAAAUAAAUAGGUCUGCUUGGAUGUCCAAACGCAAUAAAGGCACACCACAGUACCAGCAGGUAGCAACGCACCUCUCCCUUCAAACACUACUCAAAUAAGCCAGACAAUAACCAUUAGCAUCAAACCCUGUUUCCUUCCUUUGAACCACCCCAGUUUUGGCAUUUCUCUUGCCUCCUUUUUCUCGGUACUUGCGUAUCUCUACCUCAAUUCACCACCUCAGUUCAGUUCUGGCGCCUUCCCAUUGUUGCAUGCUAUUAGCACAUCUACUGAAAUACCUGCCAGUUGAUUCCAACUUUGUUGCAAUAUUUCACAUCAGACCUUUUGGAGAGGGUCGGAGGUGUGCUGUCAGCUUUCCAGAAAGGAACCUCCAGCAAAUACCAGGUUUCAGUUUCACUCAGCUCUGCCUUCCACUCUACCUUACCAGUUUUUAAAUAGAGUGUUGGUACAUCCAGAGCUGUGUACCUUUCAGGAAGAUUGCCCUGAAAAAAAUGGCAGAUAAAGAGAAAUUAGUCUGGAGGCAGAAAGUUAAGAAAAUAUACUCUCAUCCAAGUGAAAAGAAAUGAAUGAGCUAAGGUGGUAAUGAAGAGGGAGAAUCAGAAAGAAAUGACACAUAAAGGGAAGCAAAUGGCCUGGAAAAGUGAUUGGAUGAGAUUCAGAUUUAGCAAGCUAUGGUGGACUGGUAAUCUGUGAAGCAUGGUGCUGUAUCAAAGAAAAUGGCCUUUAUGGAUCAGAGCUGCCAGAGAAGGUGCCACAGACGUGAUGAAAUGGGAGCUAAGUCCUCAAUGACAAAGAAUAGGAUGUGAUUCCAGGUGGGAGACAAUGAUUGGGGAGCAUGUUGUGGGAACCACAGAAACAACCAUGGAUCCUGUAGUAUCCUUACCAUCAAGGCUUGAUAGGGUUUCAAAGAUUUGCUGGACAUCUAUUGUCCUUCUCUGCCCAGCACUCAUUUCUUCUUCUGAAAACAAAGCCCAUCUUUCUAAUGGGGAAGCAAAUCAUUGUGAAUCACCAAUACUGACCACUCCCUUAUCCUGGCUACCAGAGUGAACAAAUAAUACAACGAAUGUGGACCAGGCGCGGUGGCUCACGCCUGUAAUCCCAGCACUUUGGGAGGCCGAGGCGGGCGGAUCACGAGGUCAGGAGAUCGAGACCAUGGUGAAACCCCGUCUCUACUAAAAAUACAAAAAAUUAGCUCGGCGCAGUGGCGGGCCCCUGUAGUCCCAGCUACUCGGGAGGCUGAGGCGGGAGAAUGGCGUGAACCCGGGAGGCGGAGCUUGCAGUGAGCCGAGAUUGUGCCGCUGCAUUCCAGCCUGGGUGACAGAGCGAGACUCCGUCUCAAAAAAAAAAAAAAAAAAUAACAACGAAUGUGAGGACUCUAUUACCCUGACCUCAGGGAUUGGUUCAAGUAUGGACAAUCAGCCUAAAAAUUUCCAAUUAGAAGGAUUUAAAAGAUUGAGAUGAUCUAUUCCAAGGCGUUAGGAUUUGUAUUUCUUUUUCUAGCUAAAAUUAAUGUACUCAAUUUAUUUUCCCCCUCCUCUACCCUACACACCCACUAUUGUAGCCACAGGGACAGUUGUAUGUAAUAAAAACCCAAUGCCAAAUAGCCUAAGAGUUUAAGAACAUUAAAAAAAUAGCCUGGUUCCCAAGCUACUUUUCCUUCCACUGUACCCUACUGUGUUCAUCACCCUUGUAGAAACUUUGGCAGAGUUAUGUAAUACAGACGGUAUAUCUCCUCCAAGAAAAGAGAUUUGUUUGCUAAUUACACAACCAUCCUCUCACUGUUUCUGCUCCGUUAUCUCUUGUUACCUCUUACACAAGUUUUUAAAGACAGGAUACAAGAUGAUGUGACUUUACAUUGCACAAGCAGGCACCCAUGCCUUUGAAAUGUGCUACUGGCUUUUAUUUAUGACUGAUUAUACAGUUCUCUUUAUUCUCCUAUGCUAGGCUUUUCAAGGUAAAAGUUUAAUUGUAAAAUUGGAUAGGGAUUAGGGAGGAACAAAUACCACCCUAUUGUAAACACCCACAUUUUCUGCAUUGAAGAUGCAUGGCUGUGCUGGAUUGCAGAGUUUGCAGGAUGAGAAGACGUAGUCCACACCUAGGUGCUGACAUUCUAAAAUAAAUCAAACCUGUGUUGUUCA